UCCCCACUUUUAAAGGGUGCAGUCCCUCACAAUAUUGCUCAGUGCCCAUAAGCUGCUUCAUUGAGAGAGAGAGAGAGAGGGAAAUCUUAAGAGUACCAAAUGGCAGAGAAGCUGGUAUCAUGUGAUCAUGCAGAUGAUGACUACAUAGACAUGGAAGUGAGCUCAUUCUCCAGCUUACUUUGCCAUUCUAUAAGCUCCCCUCCACACCCCAGAGAGUUUGAGUUCCAAAUGUCUUCCAUUUCUCAAGAAAGAGAGCCUACAACUUCCCCAGCUGACGAGCUCUUCUACAAAGGAAAGCUCCUCCCUCUUCACCUCCCCCCACGCUUGCAAAUGGUAGAAAAACUCCUGCAAAACUCCAACCCUCCUGCUUGCGACACAAGAAAAGACAUCUUUGAAGAAUUCUACAGCACCCCUUUAGCCACAACCGCCACAACAACACCCAUUUCUAGCACCACCCCAUUUGAGUCCUGCAAUGUCUCCCCCUCAGAAUCUUGCCGUGUCAGCAGAGAACUGAACGCGGAUGACUACUUCUCCGAGUGUUCGACCGAAGUCCUCAGUGGCUUCAUUGGUGAUCAAAACCCAAAAAAAUCUUGGACCAAAAAGCUCAAGCACUCCUCUCUUGGUUUAAAGCUCAAGGCUUCCAGGGCUUAUCUCAAAUCUCUCUUCAGUAAAUCCGGUUGCUCCCAUGAUUCCUGCACAGCCGCCACCAACGGAGCAGAUGAAAAGAAGAUUAACCCAUUUCGACAAAUUCAGAAAGACAAAUGCUCAACGUCAUCAAGCAUCAUCAGGAGCACUGAUAAAGAAAAGAAUGCUGACGAGAAUGGUGUUGGUCACCACAGGAGAUCAUUCUCGGUGGUAAUCAAACGCCAUUCGACAAAGAAGUCUUCUUCGUCUUCUUCUAAUUCAUUGUCAUCCGCCUCUUCUUCAUCUUCAAGCUCCAACAACUCAAAUGGGUUUCACGAGUUGCAGUUUCUCAAGAGAUGUAGCAGCUCAAGUUCUGACAUUGAGAUAUCCAUUCAAGGAGCCAUUGCUCAUUGCAAGCAAUCUCAGCAGCGGUUCCAUUCCAGAAAGACUGUAAGCGAAGUUGGGUUUUACUCGUUGUCAACUUCCAGGAUUUCAGUUCGUGAAGAUCAAGAAAGGCCAGACCUUUGCAGAGGUUGAGAGAGAGAGAGAGAGAGAAGGGAAAAGUACAGAGUUAAUUUUAAUCGGUUAAUUAAUGUUUUCUCUUUUGUUCUUUCAUAGUUUUGCUAAUGGAUAUGCUCUUUGAAAUAUCUAGAUCGACCAGAACAUCCUGCGGGAGUUUGUGAAACGUACAAUAAAAUUGA